AUGGCCCGGAAGCCCAGCUAUGCUGGCUGGUGGACAGAGGUCAUGAAUUACCAGGCACCGCAAACCCUUCCUGAACCAACAGAACAACCUUUCCAGGAUCAUGCGUUCCAAGGGCAGCCUUCCGUAUUACCAACAGCAAGCGAAAUAAAAAAUGGAUACAGUAACACAUUGCCAAUUGCAGCAGCAAUGGUAGCGGCAUCCGCAAGGAUGGAGAAUACUCUGCCGACUGCCGUUUCCCAAGAAUCAGCCAGUUUUACUACAGGGGCAUGGUCCAGUUUGUCUCAGCCUUCAUCAUCGGCCGAACCGACUUUAUACCACGGGUUCUCUAUACCUGUCAAACCUAUGCCCCCUGGCGCCGAGGAUUGUUGCAUGAGUGGAUGUGCACACUGUAUAUAUGAUGUUUAUGAAGAAGAUCGACAAGAGUACAAGCAGAAGUUGACCAGAGUUCUUGGAGAGAUCGAAAAGGCUGGGUUACCACCCCCACCGUCUGUCGCAGCUGACAAGGCGGCAGGUGACAUUAUCGGUUUGGAGGAGGAGAAGGAUGCAGACAUGGACCCCGGCAUGAAGGCGUUUCUGGAACUAGAGCGCAAACUCAAGGGUUCAUGA